AGGCGGAAUGCAGCAGCGCCGGGGGAGCGCGUCCGCCGCCGCCGCCUGAAUGCACCUUGCUGCCCGCAGCCCGACGGCUCCGUAAGGCGCACCGAGGACGCGCAGCCACCGAGCUUGGACAGUUUCAGGUGGUGCAACCUGGCUACAUGGUCUGAGAAAUGGCUGUAGGAAACAACACUCAACGAAGUUAUUCCAUCAUCCCGUGUUUUAUAUUUGUUGAGCUUGUCAUCAUGGCUGGGACAGUGCUGCUUGCCUACUACUUCGAGUGCACUGACACUUUUCAGGUGCAUAUCCAAGGAUUCUUCUGUCAGGAUGGAGACUUAAUGAAGCCUUACCCAGGGGCAGAGGAAGAAAGCUUCAUCACCCCUCUGGUGCUCUAUUGCGUGCUGGCUGCCACCCCAACUGCCAUCAUUUUUAUUGGUGAGCUAUCUAUGUACUUCAUAAAGUCAACAAGGGAAUCACUGAUUGCCGAGGAGAAAACAAUUCUAACUGGAGAAUGCUGUUACCUGAACCCCUUACUCCGAAGGAUCAUCAGGUUCAUAGGUGUAUUUGCAUUUGGACUUUUUGCUACCGACAUUUUUGUAAAUGCUGGACAAGUGGUCACUGGGCACCUAACACCGUACUUCCUGACUGUGUGCAAGCCAAACUAUACCAGUUCAGACUGCCAGGUGCAUCAGCAGUUCAUAAGCAAUGGAAACAUUUGCACAGGGGACCUGGAGGUGAUAGAAAAGGCACGGAGGUCAUUUCCCUCCAAACACGCUGCUCUGAGCAUUUACUCGGCCUUAUAUGCCACGAUGUACAUCACAAGCACCAUCAAGGCUAAGAGCAGUCGCCUGGCCAAGCCGGUGCUAUGCCUGGGGACCCUCUGUACAGCCUUUCUGACCGGCCUCAACCGGGUCUCAGAGUAUCGGAACCACUGUUCAGACGUGAUCGCUGGCUUCAUCCUGGGGACUGCAGUAGCCCUGUUUCUGGGAAUGUGUGUGGUUCAUAACUUUAAAGGAUCACAAAGAUCUGCUUCAAAACCCAAACCUGAGGAUCCCCAUGGAGUUCCCUUAAUGGCUUUUCCAAGGAUAGAAAGCCCUCUGGAAACCCUAAGUGCACAGAAUCACUCAGCCUCCAUGACUGAAGUCACCUGAGAUGACAGAAGUGAUGCAACUGUUUUUUUAACCACCUUCCAAGUCAAUACUUCAAAACACACAGUUACUCAACGUCAAACUGUGAAGACAAGUAUUAUGUUUAUCUAGUUAGAGGCUAAUGUUUUGUACAUUUUUUGUAUGAAGAAGUGAUGUAGCUUGCCCUGAUCUCUUUUUUUGUCGCCUUUAAUAUAUUUAUGCCAGAAUUUUCAAAGCAGCAGAUUUCUCUUCUUGUCCAAGUGUGCAUUGAGGAAUCACGUUUAUUCAAUGGUUGAUGUUUUGUGAUAUUUGUACACAACCUUCUUUUCUCAGUUUUAUAGACACAAAUAAAUGAAAAACUUCCCUUUAACCUUUUAUUAACACAGUGAUGUCUCCUCCAGAAAUUUUGAAUUUUUAAUAAAAGUUAAACCUUGGAGUUGCAGGGAGGACAAUGUUGGUUAAUGGUAAAUCUCUGAAUCAAUUGUGGAAAAAAAUAUUCAGAGAACUUUGUAUUCUGAUCCAAACAGUUCAUUGCAUUUGUGGUUAAAAUAAUAUAUGAGGGAAGUUGCCCAGUUACAUAACUACCAGCACGGAAUCUGAGAUGGGGGCGGGAGACUUUUAGUUAUACAAUUCCUUCUUAGCUAAUGGCCUUGCCCACUUAAGAAACUAAAGAUCUGGAAUUAUGUUCUUGGGCAGGCAAGUGACACUUUAACCUUCUUUCAAAAAAGAAAAGAAAAAGUAAAACAUAUAUGUAUAUAUAUAUACAGCCAGCCCUAGCCUUGCCUGUUAACUCAACCAUUUUGUAUAUUUUAUUGUAUUGACUUUAUAUGAAAAUGAAUAUUUUACAGUUUGCACAGUAUUAUUUUACAGAAAGGGUAUCAGAGCAUCUACAACAUAGAGCCCCAGAGCAGCAACGUCACUUUGUGGCUUUUAACUGUACUAGGAUUUUAACUGCAUCCCAUUUUUCUAGCAUGGUGAUAACUAAUGUGUACCUCCUUUGAGAGAAGGAGUUCCUUGUCUGUACCUAUCAGAAUGUUUUCUUGACAUUUCCAUGUUGGCUCUUCUUAGCUUUUUGUACAUAUUUUUUUUCUAAAGAGAAGAAAAAAUGUUAUCACAAAAUGUA